AUGUCUCGUCAAUUCUCUAGCAUUGCAGAAAAUAUUGCCAGCCUCAACGCAUUGUCAUCGACCCUCGCGGAUGACACUGACAAGACUGCUCGCAAAAAUGCCUUGAGAUUAAGUAAAGCACUAGUGUCCCAGCUCGAAGAGCCAGCAAACAUCGCCGUCGAACUUGCAUUUUCCUCGCUCCUGCCAAUGAGCGCCAGAGUAGCUGUCGACAUGAAACUGUUCGAAUAUAUAUCCAGAGCAGAGAAACCUGUAUCAGUCACUGAACUUUCCGAUUUGUCUAACGCCGAGGCGGUCUUGAUAACACGUAUCCUCCGCCCUCUAUCUGCCACGAACUUCGUCCGCGAAGUUAGCGCGAACAGCUGGGAAGCAACACCAAUAACCCAUGCCAUGGCCUCAGAAGGCAUUGCGGCUGGUCACAGAAUGCUAUGGGAAGUGGUAAUUGGCGCCGCAGUCAAAGCCCCAAAAUACUUCAAAGAAGCAGGCUACCGCAGCCCAACCAGCAUUUCCGAUGGCAUAGUCCAAUACGCGUUUCAAACCAAACUCCCUAUGUUCCAAUAUCUGAGCUCGAUGCCGUCAGUCUUGAAAGACUUCAACACCUUUAUGGGCAACACGAUGGGUGCGCGGAAUUACUGGGUGGAUUGGUACCCCUGUCGCGAGCAGAUACUUGAUGGGGCUACAAGCGAAGGGGCACUAAUCGUGGAUGUGGGAGGUGGCAGAGGGCAUGAUGUUGACGCUUUCCGCGUUAAGUUUCCUGGCAGUGGGAGACUGGUUGUGCAAGAUCUUAGGCCGGUCAUUGAGGGGAUUGAGGACUUGGACGUUGCGAUUGAGAGACAAGUCUAUGAUUUCUUUACUCCGCAGCCAGAUGUUGGUGCGCGCGUGUACUUCUACCACCACAUUCUACACGACUGGUCCGAUGAAAAGUGUAUCGAAAUGCUGAAAAGCGUCCGCGGGGCAAUGAAACCAGGAUACUCAAAGCUAUUACUCCACGAAAUGAUCAUCCCAGACGUGGGCGCUUCGCCAUUUCAUGCCAUGUUGGACCUUACAAUGAUGACUAUAAAUGGUGGGAUGGAACGAACUUCGAAACAGUGGCAUGAGUUGCUGGAGAAGGCGGGUUUGAAAGUGGUGAAAAUUUGGGCUCCGCUUGAAGAUGACGCGGACGGGAUUGUUGAGGCUAUUCUCGAAGAAUAA